AUGUACUCAAAGAUUGUUCUUUUUUUGGCUGUUGUUGGUGUUGCUAAUGCCUGUACUGAUGGUAAAGAUAAUGUUGUUGAUGUAAGUGACUUAUCCAAUGAUGCAUAUAAUGCUCAUUUUGAAAAUACUCAAGCACGUGUAUAUACUUCAAAUGGGGCACCAUCAUGUUACAAAGGAGAAGCAAAUCUUCAUCUUCCUGGAACCUUAAAACUUAUUUCUGGUACCGUUACAGUUAAAAAAAAUAUGAAUCUUAUGAAUAAUGUUCAAGCUAAACUUACACUUAAGAAAGAUUCUAGUAUUAUUGGAAAAAUAUGUGAAAAUGGAAAAUCAAAAAAUAUUCUUAUUCCAAAUAAAGAUUGUACUAUUAGUCUUUGUAAUAACGCAUUAGAAUCUCCAUUAUGUACACUUCUUGAAAAAGCUGGAACUUAUGACUUGUCACAAAUUGAAAAAACUUUAGGAAUUUCAGGAACUAUUGCACUCCCAGCUCUUCCAGGUUCUUUCAAAGGAAUUAUUAAAGGAAAAUGGGAAAUUGGAGUUAAUAUUGUAUCCAAUGGUGUUUCUGUUGCUAAUAUUAAAUUACCAAGUAAUGAACAAUUCAUUUAUGCUGAAGAAUAG